CUCUCUCUCUUUCUAUCUGAGUGGCGUGACUUCUCUCUCUGCAUUCUCUUACUAAGCCGUUUCGCUUUCUUUCUCCUCAGUAAGAACCGAAGAACUGUGAAGAAUGAACUUGACGGUGCGAGAUUGCUUGGAGCUGGACGAUAAAAAGCAACCGGAGGUUUCUCCACCUUCACUUCCAGCAGUUGUCGGUUAUUCUUCCGGUGGAGGCCUUAUUGACGAACAAGUUGCGAAGGAGAAGACACAACUCUCUUCGGCGAAGGAAGAGGAGGCAAAAGAGUCACCGGUCAAGUACGUCGUCUCUGCCAAUGAAGAGGUCUCAGCGACAGAUCGUUUGCUCGGUCUUAAGCAAAGCGCCAUUUCCACGUCUCCGAUCAAAUCUCAAGCGCCAGAGAAAUCUCUUGGAAUUUCUGAAGGUUCCAAAUCAUUCGCUGAAACUAUGAUUUCUUCAUACGCAGAGAGUUUCAAAACGGCCGAGAAGUUGCUUUCUUCUGACCAAGAUUCUCCAAAAUUAGGUGAUAUUUCUCAAGAUUUCGCUAAGAAAAUAGCAUUGAAGUUAACUGAUGAGAAAUCUUCAGGUUCCUUGGAAGAACAGCGGCGGAAAUCUGUUGAGAAAGGUCUUCAGACUCUGAGCAAAGGAGAAGCGUCGAAGUCUGAGCAAUGUUUCGUUGCUUCUUCACCUGAGAUGACCGGAGGUUCGCGGCCGGAAAAGGCUAAAAAGACUGUAAGACUGCAGGGCAACGAGAUUGUGUCCGAUACCAUGCAUCUCUCGAAGGAAACAGUGUUUAAGUUCACUGCGUUGAAAUCGUGUCCAAGCGUCGGCAAUAACCUGGAGGUUUUCGAUCUGAAUGUAUCUCCUGGGGUCAGAUCGAACAGCAGUGGGUAUCAAGUGAAUGCGGAAAGUGGCGCGAUGGUGGAGGAGGCGUGGGAGAGGCUCAAGAAGUCUUACGUCUACUUCAAAGAAAAGCCUGUAGGGACUCUCGCUGCUAUAGAUCCCAGUGUUGAGGCUUUGAAUUACAAUCAGGUUUUUGUAAGAGAUUUUGUUCCCAGCGGCUUAGCAUACCUAAUGAAGCAUCCUUCUGAACCUGAGAUCGUAAAAAACUUUCUCCUAAAGACUCUUCAUCUUCAAGGUUGGGAAAAGAGGAUAGAUAACUUUACUCUUGGAGAAGGUGUAAUGCCUGCAAGCUUUAAGGUUCUUUAUGACUCACAUCGCCAGAAGGAAAUCCUGGUUGCUGACUUUGGUGGCAGUGCAAUAGGGAGAGUGGCGCCUGUUGAUUCAGGGUUCUGGUGGAUUAUACUGCUUAGGUCCUAUACCAAGAGCACUCGUGAUUAUGCACUGGCGGAGCUCCCUGAGGUACAGAGAGGAAUGAAAUUGAUACUCAAUCUUUGCCUCUCAGACGGCUUUGACACUUUCCCAACACUUCUAUGUGCUGAUGGCUGUAGCAUGAUUGACCGGAGGAUGGGAAUAUAUGGCUAUCCAAUUGAAAUCCAAGCACUUUUCUAUUUUGCACUGAGGUGUGCACAGCAGAUGCUAAAGCCAGAGCGUGAUGGCAAGGAAUUACUUGAGCGAAUCGAUAAACGGAUCACAGCUCUUAGCUAUCACAUCCAGAAAUACUACUGGCUGGAUUUCACACAACUAAAUAACAUUUACCGCUACAAAACUGAGGAGUACUCCCGCACUGCAGUCAAUAAAUUUAAUGUCAUCCCAGAGUCCAUCCCAGACUGGGUGUUUGAUUUCAUGCCUUUGCGAGGCGGUUAUCUGAUUGGCAAUGUCAGUCCAGCUCGCAUGGAUUUUCGGUGGUUCUUGGUUGGGAACUGCAUUGCGAUUUUGAGUUCCUUAGCAACAUCAGCACAAGCAUCAGCUAUCAUGGAUCUGAUUGAGGAGCGGUGGGAGGACUUGAUUGGAGAGAUGCCUUUGAAGAUCACAUAUCCAGCAUUAGAAGGACAUGAAUGGAGGAUAGUCACUGGGUGUGAUCCUAAGAACACGAGAUGGAGUUACCAUAAUGGCGGGUCUUGGCCAGUUUUGGUAUGGCUACUCGCAGCAGCAAGUAUCAAGGUUGGAAGACCACAAAUAGCAAAACGAGCAGUAGAACUGUUGGAGCAACGUCUAUCCAAAGAUGGGUGGCCUGAGUAUUAUGAUGAUAAGACUGGCCGGUAUGUUGGGAAGCAAGCCAGGAAAUAUCAAACCUGGAGCAUUUCUGGCUAUUUGGUUGCUAAAAUGAUGAUAGAGAAUCCUUCCAAUCUUCUAAUAAUCUCUCUUGAAGAGGACAAGAAGAUAGCCAAACCAAGGAUAGCCCGCUCUGCCUCAUUUUGAGAGAAACUAACAUAAAAAAAUUUUAGGAAGAGGGAUGUCAACAUAAUUGCAGAAGCAGAAUUGUGUCUGCAGAUAUAAUAACUAUAAUUGGUGGGAUCUCAGCAGUAACUACCCCCGGCAUUCUUUGAACUGAUGACAACUAUGCUUUUAUGAUUCGGCGAUUCAUUUGUACAAUAUUUUGAGGUACAAUCUCAAACUUCUAUUCCCUUGAAUGGCAAAUGUGAAUCCAAUCAGUUUUAGGCAAUGGUCACAUCCCCUCAAAUUGUAUUAUAUUCUGCUCUGAGAUGCCAUUUAGAUUUAGGACUUUCAAUUAA